AUGGCGGCGCUGUACGACUUCUAUGCCAAGAGAGAACAGACUAAGAAGGGGAGGGCCGUCUGGGCCGCUAUAAAUAUAGUUGUCGCCAUCGGUUACCGCAUCCGCACGACAGAAAACGCCGACAUUACAGUUGCAUUCGACAACGAGAAGGUUCUCCGAUGUAUCGACAAUGCCCGGUCCGUUCUUGAGGAAUUGGUCACGCGAGAGGAAGACACCCUCGGGAUCCAGGUUCUCCUAGGUCUAGUCAUUCUCUUCCAGGCGGAUACGGACCAGAAACCAUCGUCCAUGUUGAUAGGCACCGCCGUCAGACUGGCCCACAGGCUACAACUUCACGCCAAAUCCUCCUUAUCCAACUUCGCUCCGGAUGUGGCGAGGCACAGGAGUAAUAUAUUCUGGCUGUGCUACUCUCUGGACAAGGACGUCAGCCUCCGGACAAAAGUCCCGUCUGUUCAGCAGGACGAAGACAUAGACCUUGACCUUCCCGGGGCGGCCCCGGAAGACGACGGCGCCUAUUUCAAAGGCGUCGAUGGGCGCUCACAGUUCCAUUAUCUUCGCGCUAGGGUCCAGCUGGCCUCGUUGGAAGGGAAAACCUACGACUGGCUUAUCAGUAACCGGUCGGCAAAGCUGUCUUUAGAAGCCCGUCAGGAGAAGCUUCUACUCCUCUCUCGACUCCUCGUUCAGUGGCGGCAAACGAUACCAGAAUCGCUACAGCCGGACAGAAUGGCUGACAACCUCGAAAAGGCACCCUUAAUCCAUAUGACCUAUCUGUAUCACACCUACAUGUUGUGCCUUAUCCACGCCAACGGCCUCUAUUCCGUCGAUUCGUCGUGGAUAAGAUGGAUCAGCCGCUCUAGUAGAGCGAUGUUCCAUGAUUUCGACGCCCAAGAAAACGUGUCCAUGAAGCACCACCAGCCGCUGCUGCCACAUGCUUGGGAGGCUUGCGUGCAGGUUAGUCGCGCUUGUCUGAAGAUGCUGCCCGACGAACUUAUUACGGGAUACAAUAUAUGGUUGAACGGCUGCGCAUACUUUUCCGCGUUCGUCGUCUUGCUAAUUAAUGUGGUAUACUAUCCCCUCCAUGAGCUGGUGCAGAACGACCGAGAGCUGGCCACGAGCGGCAUGGGGCGUAUUCGAAAAUUACUCGAGCACACAAGAUCAGAGAGCCACAAGGAACUCUACAUCGUGCUCGUCGAUCUGGGGAGGGCGGCGGAUUAUGCGCCGGACAGAGCGUGGGAAGCUACGACGGGCCCUAGCCAGUGGGGAGCUUCGGAUUACCACAACCCUCGUGCCGAGCAUUCCAUCGUCUCAAAGUGGCAUCACGACAUCGGCAGAGAGUCCACGCUCGUUCUCGACCUGGAGGCUGGCCCUGUCUAUAUCCCCUUCAUGAAUCCCCCAGCUGCCCUCUUCUUGCCGUCUACCAUUACAGCCACCCGUAUCCUUCUCAAGCACCGCAUACCCCUCCAGUCAUUCCUCGCUCACCCGGUGAGGUCAUUGUCACGAUCUGCUUACCGAGCUAUGCCUCAAUUUAAACUUAGAGAUGUAACCUCGCUAUCGCUGCAGCCCGGCGAUAAGCAGGAGGUCGAGGUCGAAGGCAUCGAGGGCGCCAAGGUGCUUCUGCUCAAUGCCGGCGGCAAGAUCCAGGCCACCGGCCCUAAGUGCACCCAUUACGGUGCCCCUCUCGUCAAGGGCGUCCUAACCAAGGCCGGGCGGUUGACUUGUCCGUGGCAUGGAGCUUGCUUCAACGUCCAGACCGGCGACGUCGAAGACGCGCCCGCCUUAGACGCUCUGCAAGUAUUCAAAGUUGUCGAGAAAGAUGGCUCCGUCUACGUCGAGGGCGAGGAGGGGGCCAUCAAGUCGGGGAGACGGAAGCCGAAUUUCAAAUGCAGCGCGAGCAGCAGGCCGCUGGAGAAUCGGGUUGUUGUCGUAGGCGGCGGCAGCGGAGCUAUCGGGGCUAUCGAAGGGCUCAGAGAAAAGCGCUUCACCGGGCCCAUCACCAUGAUCUCGAAAGAAGGCUACCUGCCCAUCGACCGACCCAAGCUAUCGAAAGCCCUCAUCGCAGAUCCCACCAAGAUCCAGCUGAGGGACCACGAAUGGUUCAAGUCCGGCUCGGUCGAGAUAGUGGACGACGAGGUCGUCGACAUCGACCUCGUCAACAAAGUAGCCAUCACUAAGAACAACGAGAGGCACGUAUACUCAAAGUUGAUUCUGGCUACCGGCGGUUCCCCCCGGAACCUGCCUCUGCCCGGCUUCAAAGUGCUUGAGAACAUCUUCCCGCUACGGACGGUCCACGAUACGAAGAGGAUCGUUGACGCUAUCGGCAGCAAGGGCAAAAAGAUCGUCAUCAUCGGGAGCAGCUUUAUAGGUAUGGAGGUCGCCAACGCAACCGCCGCGGACAACGACGUCACCGUCGUCGGGCAGGAGAGCGUCCCACUAGAGAGGGUGCUGGGCAAGGACGUUGGCGCAGGGCUACAAAAGGGGCUGGAAGGCAAGGGCAUCAAGUUCCAUCUGUCCGCCGCCGUCGACAAGGCCGAGCCCUCAGGCUCGGACCCGUCCAAGGUCGGGUCGGUCUACCUGAAGGACGGCACGCAGCUGGCGGCCGACCUGGUCAUCCUGGGGGUCGGCGUGGCGCCAUCGACGGAGUACCUCAAGGAGAACAAGGCGGUCCGGCUGGAAGCCGACGGGUCGCUGAAGACGGACGAGAACUUCCUCGUGGCGGGGCUGGAGGACGUGUACGCCGUCGGGGACAUCGCCUCGUUCCCGUACCGCGGGCCCGGCGGCGAAGGCGCCCUCGCGCGCAUCGAGCACUGGAACGUGGCGCAGAACCAGGGCCGCGCCGCCGCCCGCCACAUCGCCAACCCGGCGCUCGCGCCCGCCUUCUUCCUCCCCGUCUUCUGGUCCGCGCUGACCGGCCAGCUGCGCUACUGCGGCAACCCCGCCCGCGGGUGGGACGACCUCGUGCUGCAGGGCGACCCCAGCGCCGCCAAGUUCGUCGCGUACUACUGCCGCGGCGAGACCGUCGUGGCGAUGGCGAGCAUGGGCGCCGACCCGGCCAUGGCGCAGUCGGCCGAGCUCAUGACGCUCGGCGCUAUGCCGUCCAAGACGGAGCUCCGGGCCGGGCUUGAUAUCCUGACUGUGCCGCUGCCGUAG